AUGCCGCAGAAGUCGACAUGGAAUGCGGUGCGGCGCGCGCACAAAGAAAGGCUGUUCGCACGAAAGCACCCAUCGAAACAACUCAAGCAGCUGUCAGUGUGCCAUGAGUACGACUCCGACUACAGCACCAGCGACGAAGAAAUGGCAUGUGGGCCACCGCCCUCGAUCAAAGUACCAGCGGCUCCCAUGGCAGUCCACAAAGACCAGACGUCGGCAGCCAUGGCGGCUCUCCACAAGAUUCCAGAACUACAAGGCGAGGACCAAGCGACGACUCCAACUCCCAAGAAUUUACGUCAGCGUUUGGGCAGAAGUUGGCUUGGUCAGAUGCCAUCCCCAAGGCUGCCACCUGUGGAUACGGGCCUUUACAGGACACCCACAUCGAUGAAUGCAAGGAUGCAGGGUGCAUUCAAGGGAGUCUUGCCAUCCGAAGCAAUUCUGGCUGCAUCCCACAUGCACGGAGUUCGAGAAGCCUAUCCUCACAAAUCGCCGCGCAAGGCCGGCACCCUCAGACUUGACGAGCUACCACCCUUGACACCUGGCCGGAAACGGGCGACGGCUGCGUACACAGACCGACUUCAGCCUGGUAGCCCACGCAGGAAAGCGUACGAUGCCCCCACCACCGGGUGGCGGGACUCGCAGCAAGGUUUCGCCGUGGUCAGCAGUCUGCAGACUUUGGCAAUCAGUCUCAGCCGAUUGAGCUCCAAACCCAGCGUCUGCAAAAUCCUGGAGAACAACGAGGAGAUUGUACGGUUCGGCGGACCUUCGUCCCCGUCGGGGGUUCAUUCCUAUGCCAAGCAACUGAAGCGAUCGGCCCUUGCCUACGGUCGGCCUGCGCUGAAGCCAAGCCAGAAGCCAGGAAACAACUCUGGCUGCGAGUCGCCCAAGGCAGCUCUGGACGUGGACCUAAGUGACUCCGACUUCAGGCAGUCUCAGGAAAAGCCGCACACGAAGCUGAUCCACCUUGUCAGACGGCAGGUUUACGAGACGAUUGCGAAAGAGCAAUCAGCUUGCCCAGUCGUGGUCCGCUUCAGGGGUCCCCUCGCAGCGCAGCAAGAAAAUGGUAAUUGGGGCGACGAUGCUCAAACCAUCCAGAUCGAAGUGCAGAUCGAUUUAGCUGCCGAAACGGAGACUUGCCCAAGCAGUGCUGACACGGUCGCGGCCUCCCUUCGGUCGUCGCCAGAGUUUUACGACGACUCUCUGGAGCCGUCUGAACACUCAACCGUUCAUGAACUGCAGGAUAGCACGAGCAGCACAAGACGCAACAGUGCGGAAGCACAUGAGCUGGUGAUGCAAGUCGUGGAGGGCUUUGUUGGCCUUCAGCCUUAA